AUGGCUAAUCCAACAUCCUCUUCCUUUGCCUAUCAAUGGACUUAUGAUGUUUUCCUCAGUUUUCGGGGUGAGGACACCCGCACCGGUUUUAUUGGAAACCUUUUUAAUGCCUUGCGUCAAAAGGGAAUCCACACCUUCAUGGAUGAUCAAGAGCUGAGGAAGGGAGAAGAAAUAACACCAUCUCUGUCGAAUGCAAUUCAAGAAUCUAGGAUAGCCAUCGUGAUUUUUUCAGAAAACUAUGCAUCAUCAACUUUUUGUUUACAAGAACUUGUCCAGAUCAUGGAGUGCUUGAAUCACAAGGGCAAGCUGGUUUGGCCUGUUUUUUAUAAAGUGGAUCCAUCUGAUGUGCGUCAUCAGAAAGGAAGUUAUGCAGAAGCUCUAGCCAAGCAUGAAACAAGAAUCAGUGACAAGGACAAACUGAAAGCUUGGAGGUCAGUUUUCGAAGCAGCAGCUAAUCUAUCCGGUUGGCAUUUCAAAGAGGGCAGGUACGAAUAUGAAUUCAUUGAAAAGAUCAUUCAAGAGGUCUCUAAAAGGAUCAAUCGUAGCCCUUUAUAUAUUGCUAAUUACCCAGUGGGAAUAGAGUCUCGCGUGCAGAAGGUAAAGUCACUUCUAGAUGUUAAAUCAAAUAAUGCAGUCCACAUGGUAGGGAUUUAUGGCAUAGGUGGAAUUGGAAAAACGACACUUGCAUGUGCAGUUUACAAUUUCAUUGCUGAUCAAUUUGAAGACCUUUGUUUUCUCGCCAACAUUAGUAAAAAAUCAGUGGAGCAUGAUCUGGUACAUCUUCAGGAGACACUUCUGUGUGAUUUAGUUGGAGAGAAACACAUUAAUUUGGGGAACGUUCGAAAAGGAAUUCCAAUAAUUAAAAGUAGGCUCUGUAAAAAGAAAAUUCUUUUGAUUUUGGAUGAUGUUGACAAAUUGAUGCAAUUAGAAGUACUUGCAGGUGGACUUGAUUGGUUUGGUUCUGGUAGCAGAAUUAUUAUCACAACCAGAAAUAGACAUCUACUACAUUCUCACGGUGUUAAAAGAACCUAUGAAGUAGAAGGAUUAAAUCAUGAAGAAGCCCUUGAAUUGUUUAGCUGGAAUGCUUUCAGAAGCAAACAGGUCAAUCCUGGUUAUUUGUACAUUUCAAAGAGAGUAAUACAACAUUCUAAUGGCCUACCGUUAUCUCUGGAAAUAAUAGGCUCAGAUUUAUAUGGUAAAACAGAGUUGGAAUGGAAGUCAGCAUUAGAUACUUAUGAAAGAAUUCCUCAUGAAGAUAUUCAGAAAAUUCUAAAAGUAAGCUAUGAUGGCUUAAAGGAAUUUGAAAAAGAAAUAUUUUUAGACAUUGCUUGCUUCUUUAAAGGAUACACAGUAAGUUAUGUCAUAAACAUGCUAUAUAGUGGUCGUGGCUAUGCCCCAGAUUAUGCUAUCCAAGUGUUGAUUGAUAAAUGUCUAAUAAAGAUUGAUCAAUGUUAUGUGAAAAUGCAUGAUUUGAUUAAAGAUAUGGGUAGAGAAAUUGUACGGCUUGAAUCACCCUCAAAACCAGGUGAACGCAGUAGAUUAUGGCUCUCUAAAGAAAUUCUUCGUGUUUUCAAAGAGAACAAGGGGUCCGAUAAAACUGAAAUCAUCAUGUUACACUUGGUCAAAGAUAAAGAAGUGCAAUGGAAUGUAUCUGCAUUAGAGAAGAUGGAAAAUCUUAAAAUAUUGGUGGUAGAAAAUGCUCGCUUUUCUAGGGGACCAAGUGCUCUCCCAAAAAGUUUAAGAGUGCUAAAAUGGUGUGCAUAUCCUGAAUCAUCACUGCCUGCUGAUUUUGAUCCAAAGAAACUUGUCAUAUUGGACUUGCCUACGAGUUCCUUUACAUUCAACAAUCAACUAAACAUGAAAUUUAAGUCUUUGAUGGAACUGAAUUUAAGCGGUUGCAAAUUACUAAAAGAAAUACCUGACAUGUCUGGAACACCAAAUUUGAAGAAAUUGUAUCUUGAUCAUUGCAGAAAUUUAGUUCAAGUACAUGAUUCUGUUGGAUUUCUUGAUAAACUUGAAUUUUUGACAAUGGAUAAUUGCACCAGUCUUAAGAUUCUUCCCCGUGACAUGAACUUAACUUCUCUUAAAUUAAUGUACCUUAGUAAUUGCACAAGUCUUGCGAGUCUUCCAGAAAUUUUAGGGAAGAUGAAAAACAUGUGGGAACUCAAUUGGAGUGGUAGUGGCAUAAGUUGCUUGCCUUUUUCAAUUGGAAAUCUAGUAGUAUUUUUAUGUGCAAAGUGAGAUAUUUAUCCUUUAGUUACAGCAAUAUCACAAUCCUUCCAUCAUCCAUUAGUGCAUGUCUCUCCCUGAGAACACUUCAUUUGAAUCAAUGCAAGGAGCUACGAGAAAUCAGAGGCCUUCCACCAAACAUAAAAAAUCUUGAAGCUAUCAAUUGCGCAUCUUUAACUUGUGAGUCUAAGGAAGUGUUACUGAAUCGGAUACUACACGAGAACGGGGGCAAACAUUUCAUAUUUCCAGGAUCAAGUAUACCGAGUUGGUUUAAUUGCACUAGCAAGGGUCCAU